UCAUUUAGCAGACACUCUUAUCCAGAGAAACUUACAGGAAUGGAUCAGUACCGCGUGUCGGUUCGCUACAGAUAGGAAUGAUUUUCGAAGGAACCUACUGGUCAACCUGGGCCUUUUUGCAGCUAGAGUUUGGGUUGCCAGGAAUCUCUCAGAUUUUGACCUGAUGUCUCCUCAACCAAUCACGUAGUGCAAUAACUGAAUGGAUAUCGGGAGGUGUCUCGGACCACAUUGGCAGUCGAAGGAACAAGAUA